AUGCUUAUUUCUUUCUUCGUUCUAGCUUCUUUCCUUUUGAUUGGUACCGAGUGUCAGUUCAGUAGUAAUACUCAACAGUUUAUUGUGGAUCUUCAUAAUUCGUUCCGAUCGAAAAUCGCAACUGGAACUUAUAGUAUAAAUGAAACUACAAAACCAACAUGUAGCAACAUGAGAAAAAUGUCCUGGGAUUCCUCACUCGCUACUUCUGCCCAAACAUAUGCCAACACAUGCCCAACCACUCAUUCUAAUCUAGCUGGAACUGGAGAGAACUUCUAUAUGAGAACAACAUCAGCUAAUAUUGGAGGGCUUGAUGUUUAUGGAGGAUCUGCUGCAAUGGCUUGGCAACAAGAAUUCCAAAAAUUCGGAUGGGCUACUAACUAUUUCGAUAUGAACCUUUUCAAUACUGGCGUCGGAAACGCCACUCAAAUGGCAUGGGCCAAAACAAGUCUUGUUGGAUGUGGAGUAAAAAAUUGUGGAAAAGAUGCAAGUGGAAUGAAUCGAGUAUCAGUUGUAUGCCAUUACAAACCACUAGGAAACUAUUUGGAUCAAAUGAUUUAUGUCAGUGGAUUCACAUGCUCUCAAUGUCCAACUGGAACUGCUUGUGAUCAAACGACUGGAUUGUGUGGAUAA